AUGGAACCUAUUUAUUAUUUAUUAUCAGUAUCAUAUUCUAUUAACUUUGUACGUUUGAUUAUUCUUAUUAUGGAAGAACACCAUAUAUUUGUUGAACAAAAAGUUGACGAAAGUAAACGAACAGAGCAUGAAAAAUACCUUCGUUUGGCUAUUAAAUUAGCAGAAGAAAAUGUUCAACGUGGACUUGGUGGGCCUUUCGGUGCGGUAAUUUGUAAAGACGGUCAAAUUGUUGCUCAAGGUGCAAAUGAAGUUGUUCCAAAAAACGAUCCGACAGCACAUGCUGAAAUGGUGACGAUUCGUCUUGCUUGUCAAGAAUUGAAAACACAUAAUCUUGAAGGCUGUGUUAUAUAUAGUUCAUGUGAACCAUGUCCUAUGUGUUUGAGUGCUGUUUAUUGGGCACAUAUUGAUCAUGUUUACUUUUCCCAUUCGAAACAUGAUGCUAAAGAUAUCGGUUUUGAUGAUCAUUUUAUCUAUGAAGAAUUAGCACGUGAACUACAUGAACGGCGUGUUGGCAUUACUCAAUUACUUAAAGAUGAAUCAAGAGCAUUUGCAAUGUGGACAGAAUCCGAUAAUAAAGCUCAUUAUUAA